UCAAAAUAGAAAAAUCGAAUUUUCAAGACCGCUGCUGCAAAAGUGUUACCGAUGAGCAAUUUAUUCAGUUUCCUGGUGUGAAAACGUUCAUUGGUGCCAGCUUUUUUUUCAGGGAAGGAUCUUCACAAUCAGCCAACGAAGGAUUGUAGCAAGAUGCCGGAGGAAGCGAUCAAAAAUGAAGGUGAAAUUGAAAACGUUCGUGUCGUGGUACGGGUACGGCCGAUGGACAAAAAUGAGCUCGAUUGCGGCUCGCAGAACGUGAUCAAGGUGGACAAAUCGAACCGUAGCAUCACGGUCGUAAAGCCCGGCGCAAACUCCAGCGAGCCUCCGAAGGUGUACUACUUUGACAACGUUUUCGGCGAAGAUUCGACACAGAUCGAUCUCUACGUGGAUACCGCCCGGCCGAUUGUAGAUAAGGUGCUGGAAGGAUACAAUGGCACCAUACUGGCGUACGGUCAAACCGGUACCGGCAAAACGUACACCAUGUCCGGUAAUCCCGAAUCACCCCAAACGAAGGGCAUCAUUCCGAACACGUUCGCGCACAUCUUCGGACACAUUGCGCGCGGCAAAGAAAAUCAAAAGUUUCUUGUCCGUGUUAGCUACAUGGAGAUCUACAACGAGGAGGUGCGCGAUCUGCUCGGCAAAGAGCUGAACAAAAGUCUGGAGGUGAAGGAGCGUGCCGAUAUCGGUGUGUUCGUGAAGGAUCUAAGCGGGUACGUCGUGCACAAUGCGGACGAUCUGGACAACAUCAUGAAGCUGGGCAACAAGAACCGGGUGGUCGGUGCGACAAAAAUGAACUCCGAAUCGUCACGCUCGCACGCCAUCUUUUCGAUAACGAUCGAAUCGAGCGAAACGGAUGAGGCGGGCCGCCAGUACGUGCGCAUGGGCAAACUGCAGCUGGUCGAUCUGGCCGGUUCGGAACGGCAGAGCAAGACGCAAUCGUCCGGCCUGCGGCUAAAGGAAGCGACCAAGAUUAACCUCUCGCUGUCCGUGCUCGGUAACGUGAUCAGUGCGCUGGUGGACGGUAAAAGCACUCACAUUCCGUACCGCAACUCGAAGCUAACGCGCCUGUUGCAGGAUUCGCUCGGUGGCAAUAGUAAGACGGUGAUGUGUGCCAGCAUUAGCCCGGCCGAUUCGAACUACGUGGAAACGAUCUCGACGCUGCGGUACGCGUGCCGUGCGAAGAGCAUCCAGAAUUUGGCCCACAUUAACGAGGAACCGAAGGAUGCGUUGCUGCGCCACUUCCAGGAAGAGAUUGAGGAACUGAAGCGACAGCUGGAGGAAGGCAUCUUUCAGCAGGGAAUCGAAAGUGGGGAAGAGGAGGAAGAGGACGAGGGCGAAGGGGAGGAGGAGAAUGAGGAGGAUGCGGUAGAGGAAGAGUGCGAUCCGGACGAGGAUCGGGAGCGCGAACGGUUGGAGCGGAAGGAGAAGCGGCGCAAGGAGAAGGCACGCGAGCGGAAGGAGAAGAGUGACGCCGAAAAGGAGCUGCUGGAGAAGAAGGCGAUGGAAAAUCAGCAGGAGCUGAAGAAGGCAAAAUCGGAGCAAGAUCAGCUGCGUGCGAAACUGUCCUCGCUGGAGAACAAAAUUCUUGUCGGUGGUGAAAAUUUGCUGGAAAAAGCGAAGGAACAGGAGCUGCUGCUGGAAAACUCCAUCACCGAGCUGGAACAGCGCACCAAAACGGAGCGUGAGUUGAAGGAAAAUUUGCAAAAGAUCGAAGCAGAACGUAUCGACAUCGAGGAACGGUACAGCUCGCUGCAGGAAGAGUGCGUGGGCAAAACGAAGAAGCUGCAGCGCGUGAUGUCGAUGCUGAUGAGCAUCAAAUCGGAGCUGGCCGAUCAGCAGCAGGAGCAGCAGCGCGAGAAGGAAGGCAUUUACGAGAAUAUUCGUAGUUUGUCGCGUGAGCUGGCGCUCUGCGAGCUGGUAAUUAACUCGUACAUUCCAAAAGAGUAUCAGAACAUGAUCGAAAAGUUUACCCACUGGAACGAGGAUAUUGGUGAGUGGCAGCUAAAGUGUGUUGCGUACACGGGAAACAACAUGCGCAAAAACAUCCCGGAACCAAAGGUCAAUACCAAAGAGACGGAUCUGGUCGAUCUGUCGCAUGUGUAUCUUAGCUACAAUACGGAUUCGGUCGCUGAGCCGAUACGCGCCAAAACGGCAAGACCGCGCACAUCCGGCAUUGCCCGACCGACGACUGCUAGGAAGUACUAUUAAGCAAGAUGGCCGUCCAACGAAGAUGGUAUUAUGGAAAUGAGGCUUUUUUUUUGGGUGCUUUUAGUCGUGUCCCGAGCAUAAUAAUUCGUCUCUCAACAUCACGGAGGAAAAGAUUUCAUCAAAGCCGGGCCAAUUGUUUGGUGAUUCUAUGCCGGUUGCCAAUAUGGCAGACAUCAUCCAUCUACAGGUGUGAGGAUGAUAGUAAGCGCACAACCUGCUCGCUUUACACAGAGACGUGCAAUACGAUACUAGUCGAACAAAUUGGCAGAUGUCGUUGAGUUGAUUGUUAGUUUUUUUUUUAAAUCAAAAGUAUUUUAUAUAAUUCUGGUACCACCCACCUAACCUAACCAAACUCACAGCAAAGCGAUCAACCGGUUAACGUGCAGAUUAUUAUGCUCUGUAUCUCCUUUGGAGCGUAUUUUCUGUUGUCAAGUGUGUUAUUUGUUUUAUUACGUACUGGCUUAAUGCUUUCUACGUAGCUUUAUGUUGUUUUUUUUUAGUAGUAUAAAGGGUCUUAUUUAUUUAGCGAAAUGCGCGACAUACAUUUAUACCAGUCAUCUUACCCAUUUUGCCAUUAUAAAAAGAUUUCACACCACCAGAUACCAGAUAUUAGAAUGUAAAGUAGGACGGUGUACGGGAGUCACCUAGACGAGUUGUAUAAUUUUGAUCCUCAGCUGCUGGACGUACACUGCUCGGCUUGGCAAAAUAGUCAAAGAUUUAAAUGACCCGUGAGGAAACGAACCCCCAAAAAGAAAACUAAAGCGUAGAAAGAUUUUGCUGUGGUUGUGACAAUAUUCCAGUAAUGUUUAGACAAAGCAAACAAAAGAAACAGAAAGAACACACACACACAGGAUUUAUUUAUGUGUACAGAUUUGUGUUUUCGUCCUUUUUAUGUAUAUCAGUAGUGUGCGCACGUUUGAUUGCAGUUCAGUCUUAAUAGCACUCGUUUCUUCUCGAAACCAUCGCGUUUCUCUUUACAUUACACUUACUUACUUGAGUGCUAACAUUUUCGGUGAUAGGUUUGGUGGUUUCUGUUUAGGGUAGUAGAGAAGACAGGCAGCAGAAUAGAUCGAAAAGUACCAUCCAACCAAAAGUCCAACCCAACCCCGUAACAAUGAUGUGUGAAGUAUCGAAAGGUAUUUUCUAGACUAGUCAAUUUUGCGUACAUUCGUAGGCAAACCCACACACACAUAUAUGGCACUCGUAAUCAUAAAUGAUGCUCUUUCAUAUCCGCUUCAGCAACCUAAGGCAAACACGCAAUACUCAACAUACGCAAAACCACAUACAAACGACACGAUUGCAUAUUUGUAAUGAAAUUUAUUGAAAUACACCUGUAAACGAUAGAUUGUCAAGGUA